UCUCGACGCGAUGCAGGAAAUUACGAAAACAACCCGGCGGAACGGUCCGGCUUUACAUGUGCUUUUACGACGAACCCAUACAGAUCGAACGUGAUCUCACGAGAUCAUAGACCGAUUGCCCGAAACAGCAAAUCCCUCAAGUUGCAGCUGUGACUCCUCCCGGCGCCUCGGCACACCUGGUGACUCCCAGUCAGGUGCUCAUAUAUAAGAGCAUGCGGUCCCAUGAUGUAUUCGAUUACAACAAAGCUAUUCAAUUCAUCCAAACACAACUACAACCAUCAACAUCACAGCACUCGACCGAUCGACCAGACAAUUCUCCGUCCAAGAUGCCUUCAAUCGCUAAAUUCCCUCCUGCCCGCGUCUUCCUCAAGACUCCCUCGUCACCCAUCUCGGCAACACGCAGGUCGGCGUUGGCCGGAUCAAACCCUCUGAGCCCUCGUUUCACUACCUCAGCAUCCAACGCAUCACCGAGUGUGACCUCGUUUGCGUCGCAACCGACACGGUCGAAUGCUACAACUACACCGAGAACACAAGCUCCCUCCACGCCGUUUGAACGAGAUGAAUCCUUUGUCACGUUUCGAGAAACAAAAAACCACCAAUCAGGCACAUCCAGAAAAAAAGCGAGUCGAUUUUAAACCCUUCGAGGUCGUUGAUCUGCUACACUGGCCCGCAUCAAGCGCUGAGCGGGCAUUG